UGCUAUUCUGAAGGUCCCUUCACCUGGGUCUGCGACAUACCUGCGGCAGAGAGCAGUGGUGUCUUCAGUAGCAGCUCCAGUGCAGAUACUUCAAACAAAAUUAUGGAACGACAAAGUCAGAAUUUAAAGACAACACUGUCAUUAUCUUUAGGAAGAUUUCACAUUUCUGAAGAUUAUGGGUUUCUUCUUCCAAAUCCUCUGAAAAAGCUUCCAGAUCAUUAUAGACCUUGGAUGGAAAUUGCCAACAAACUUUCCCACUUGAUUGAGAGUCACCAGCUUCGAGCUCACGUGAACACGAUGCCCCUUCUGAACUGUGAGUUCCUCAAGAGUCAUCGGGAACAGCGCCUGGCCCACGUGGUCCUGAGCUUUAUUACCAUGGGGUACAUCUGGCAGGAAGGAGAGACACAGCCUGAACAGGUUCUGCCAAGAAAUCUUGCCCUUCCCUUUGUGGAAGUCUCCAGGAAGUUGGGACUCCCUCCUAUCCUGGUCCACACAGACUUGGUGUUGACGAACUGGACUGCAAAGGACCCUGAAAGGCUCCUGGACAUCAGGAACUUGGACAUCCUUUUCUCAUUUCCUGGGGGAGAAAGCCUGCGUGGUUUUAUACUGGUGACUGUUUUGGUGGAGAAAGCAGCAGUACCUGGGAUUAAGGCACUUGUUCAAGGAGUGAAUGCCAUGCUGCAGGCGAGCCAGGACUCCCUGCUCCAAGCCCUGGAGCAACUGAGACUCUCCAUUCAGGACAUCACCAGAACCUUAGGACAAAUGCACGAUUAUGUAGAUCCAGACAUAUUUUAUGCAGUCAUCCGGAUCUUUCUCUCUGGAUGGCAAGAUAACCCAGCAAUGCCUGUGGGGUUGAUAUACGAAGGGGUCUCCUCAGAGCCCCUGAAGUACUCUGGAGGCAGCGCAGCUCAGAGCACAGUGCUUCACGCCUUUGAUGAGUUCCUGGGCGUUCGCCAUAGCAAGGAAAGUGGUGACUUUCUGCUCAGGAUGAGGGACUACAUGCCUCCUUCUCACAAAGCCUUCAUAGAAGAGGUGCAGGCAGCUCCUUCACUGAGGCAUCAUGUCCUGUCCUUGGGAAACUGCCAGCUUCUGACUGCAUAUAACCAGUGUGUGGAGGCCCUGGCAGAGCUGCGCAGCUACCACAUAACCGUGGUGACCAAAUACCUUGUCACAGCUGCAGCAAAAGCAAAGAGCAGGAAGCCAAGCCAUCUCCCAGAGCCACCUCAGGCCUUAGAAGAGAGGGGCACAGGAGGAACUGCCGUCCUGAACUUCCUGAAGAGUGUCAGGAACAAGACCCUAGAGGCCAUCCUCCCACAACGCGGGUGAUAGACGGCUCCUCUCCAGUGGUGCAAAACCAGCCCAUGUCCCACUGGAGGGCAGAUGGGCCUGAAGAAUGAUGAUGAUUUGUGUUCUGUUGGAAUAACACAAAAUCAACCUCAGUCCUUAGAACAUCGGCUUCUCCUUCCUUUGGUCUUCACAGAGAUUUUUCGUGGCCAGAAAUUCUCCUUUCUCUACCUGAUCACUGGUUAAUCACAAACAGCUUUGGACACUCCCUCAGUAAAAACCCCACAGAGGAGCAAGAGGAUCCUUGUUCUGUUUGCAAAGUGAGGGAAAACCAAUCCAAAUUUCAGAAACCAAAUAAUAUUGCCCAUGGACAGAUCACCUUGACGAUUUCUUGAAAAAAACAACUUAAAUAUGCAUGCAUUCAUUCACUUAAAAUGUAUUAAGUUCCUACUGAGCCCUGGCUUAGGAACCUGAACAGUGGUUUUUGUGGCCCCAGGGCAGCCCUUGUUUCCCUGUGAGUGUCACCUGGCAGCAGGCGGUUGGAAGGCCCCAGUGCAGACGUGGAGGAAAGGGGAGGCUAACAACAAGACUCAGAAGUCGCCAGUACGGAAAUGACUGGUUAAUGACAUGGGAACGGAUGAGACUCUUCCACAUGGUUCAUACAUUUUCAGUUCUAUUUCAGCUUCCUUUUUUAUUUUUAGAAGAACAAUUCUUUCUCCUUUCACUGAAGGUUUGCAUUUGUAAAAUGAAUUAAUUGACCCUUUGGAAGUGAAUGGGUGAAGUGGGAAUAAACAGUAACUCCACAUGUUUACAAGGCCUCAUUCCAUCUGACAGUACAGAGCUAGAAAACUUGCAUCUGUUCUGUUUAGGAUAAACUCCACUAACAUAGGCUUGCUUCCCACUAUGCACGCACGUGCAUAUCUGGGGUAAUAUCUAAAUUCCACAGCACUGAUCUAGCAUUGCAGCAUCAUGAAGAGGUGCCUGACCAUGAGCAGCUUCUCCCCAAAUUAGUGUCUGACAAACAGUCCCCUUCUCCAUAUAUUGUAGAUACUGGUCAAAUGGAGCUUGCAGCAUGGCUUAUCCUGUGUAAGCGACCUUUCAGAUUUUUCAGCCCUCAAGGUCCUAUCCUGCUACUUAGAAAACCAUUGGACUACGUCCCACACCCCGCCACAGGGAGUACUGGGAGAUGACAGGAUUGACUCGGAGAGUCUGCCCAGCACUCACUCAACUGUCUUUACUCGGUAGUGUCAUGAUGUGUGUGGAGGCAGGGACUUCUGGACUCUUGUCAACUCUCAGGGUCCUUGGUAAGAAGUCAUGAACCAGUGUCUUCUACUUGGGGUCCCAGGAGGGCUUGCAUUGCCUUGUACCCGUUGAGGGCUUGGUCUGGCCAAAAUGGGGGGCGUAGACUUGACAGAGGUGAGACUUUCUAGUCUGGAUGGGCCAAAGGAAAACCGUGGAUCUGACAAUGUCCUCUCUGCCUUCUGUUUAGGUCAAGAUCUCAGCUCAAAGACCUUUCAUAACUCAGAAAGCCUUUCUCUCUAUAUGCUGUCUCUGUUUUGUAUAGAAAUCUGUUAUGAAACUCAGAAAAUGAGCAUGGAUAUGCUUGCUUCUCUUGGGUUUGCUUUUCUAACUGCCCUAGCUUGGUAUCAGUAAACCCAGACCGUCUUAACUGCUCGGAUUGGGUAUAUGCGAUGGUCUGAGGAGCAAGGCCAAGUGCACAAUGUUGGGGAGUAAGGUAGAAGCGUAUUGGCUGAUUCAAAACAUCGUCCCUUCUCGAUAUCAUUCUCAGGGAAAAAUAAUGAGGCCUUUAAGAUCUGUGUUUGAAUUUUGAUGUCUUCAUUUUUUUAAAACAAUGUGGCUUUUGACCAACUUCAGAAAAUCAUGAGUCCUCAGCUUCCUAUUUAUCACAAAAUCAAGAUAAUCAGACUGAUCUUACGGUAGAUAUAAGUAACAGAAGGGGUAGUUCUUGGCAAGAAGGGUAAAGUCAACAAAUGUUUAUUUGGCCAUGAGGUGCAGCUCAGAUCAUAAAACAAAGGACACUUUCUCAUGCUUCUCAGACUCACAGAGUCUGCAUAGUAAUAAGCAACCAUUUAUCAUUUAUCCUUUGGGGAUUCUGGAAAGUAGAAAAUGACAAAGUGUGGGCUUAAAGAGCUGAAAAAUCUGGAUUUGUAUUCCAGCUCUGUCACAUUUUAUAAUGACAAGUUGUCUAAUUGUUCAGAGCCACAGUUUACUCAGUUGUAAAAGAAGGAACAUUGUAAUAUUGCAUGGGGCAAGAAUGUCUAGAGUCAGUAAUAAAACAGUGGUUAUGAUGCUUUUAUUAUUGUAUAUAUUUAUAUAUACAGCCUAGAACUAGAAGGAACCAUGUCUAGGAGUUCCUAAAAACCAGAAGAGAUGCUGGAAUUAGUUGUCUAUCUCGCUGUCUCCCUGUACUUGGGAGAGAGAGAGAAAACAUGGCCUUAAAACAAGCAAGCAAGCAAAGCAAGCUAGAACCUGGAAUUUUCUUAAAAUUUUGUAGGCACAUGUGGGGAGUAAUAAUGAUCAGACCUUUGAUUGAGAACUUAAGAAAGGAUGACGGUCACUUUCAGCUUUAAUUCUAGAUUAGUACCAAACCAGGCUCCGAUUUGUCCCUCUGAGGACAGGAUUGGAAAGAGUCAUCUUAACGGUCCACCUUCAAUAGAUGCAAGUCCACUCAAAGAGACCACAGAGCCUGGCUCAGAGCAGACUUUUUAUAAAUGCUGAGUAAGUGGAAAACCAGAUAGAAUUAAUGGGGUGGAAAGAGACAUGUGAAAUGUUUUGUCUUUCAAAGCUUUCGGAUAUGUAUAGUUCGUUUGUUGUCAUUACACAAGGAUGAUAUAAACAUGAAGAACUGUUUUAUAUCCUAAUGAACUAAAUUUUAAUUCUUGUGGCAAGGUUUGAUUCUUGGGAGAGGGAGUUCCAUUUUUGGUUUUAUGGUACAGUGUUGUAAGUAGAGAUACCAGUACAGAAGAGAACACAUUUUUCUCAAGAUUUCUAGGGAUAACAGGUAUCCCCAUCAGUAAAAAAAAUGACUUCCUUAUGAUAGAAAUAAUUGUAUUAGUAUUACUACAUGAGGAUAUCACUGCAAGUUUGAAGGAACUUCAAAAGAGCAAGCAUAGAAACUAGACAGAUGCAGGCUGGAAUUCUCACUCUGCUGUCACUUACAACAUGAGCCAUUCACCUUGCUUCACACCUCUGCUUCACAGUAAUCACAUGUAUAAAUGAGGGGGUAGUGGCAACCCUGCAGUGUUUUUGUGAGAAGUAAAGCUAAUAUAUAUUUGCUAACUAGCAGGCCCUGAGUAAAUGGUAUUACUAUGACAUUGUUGUAUGUUCUACCCCCUUGAUCUGGAUAAGAAACAACUGUAGACAAAGGAAACAGUAAGAAGAGCACGAAGCUUGCUCUCUCCCAUUCUGUAAGUUUCAAGGAGAAUGGGGAGGAAACCCAACAGACAUGGAACCAAGAAGUACGGCAGACACCGUUUUCUUGGGGCACAUGUGGAGGAGUGUGUGCGUGUCUAUCGGUAUAAGAAGCAAAAUUACGACUGAGAACAAAGAGGUGGCCAAAUCAGCCCGGAGUCAGACUCCAGGACAGGUUCACCAUGCUCUAGGAUUUGUCAUCUCUGUUCAUAUGGAUCAGAACCAAGAGAGAUGGUCACGUGAUUGUACAGGGGCCAGCAGAAGUAACGCCUGCUUGAGUGUGGUUGGUAGGGUAAUAAUA